UAAUUAGUGAGAAAAUAAAGCCCUUGCUUUGUUUACACUAUACAGAAAGUAGAGGAGAGGAGAGGAGAGGAGAGGAGAGCAGAGCGCCAGAGCUGAGGGGAGAAGGUGAAGUGCCGCCUCAGUCAAUUACUUGAACAAGUACAGUUGGGAAGAAUGGAGAAAUCAAGACAAGAAAAGCGAAAAGAAGCUCGGUCGGCCAAAAAUGCCAGAAAAAACGAGUCUUGGCUCCAAAGACAGAAAGCUCAAAAGCUCAAAAGCUCAAUAUCUACAGAGAAAGCACAAAAUUCGUCUGUUCAGAAUGUGAAAGACGAAACAGUUACCCAAUUGGAUGCUAAUUCUGAGAGAAGUAGGAAUAUGAAAAAAACUAGUAUGGGAGCGGAAAAAGAAGUUGAAAAUACUAAAUCAGAGGCUCCAGAACAUAAUUAUCGAAAACCAUCAAAGGUGGUGGGAGGAGACAAGGUAUCAAAGAGAACCCCAAAAACAAAGUUUGUGAAGUUUCUUGAACUGGAUAAUACUAGGGCUGAGGAGGAUUUGGAACUAGAAAGGAAACUUGCAAAGAAACUCAAAGUGAAGGGUGGAAAAUUGAAGGGUGAGGAUCUUGGUCUUAACAUGUUGUUUGAAGGAAUUUCAUCUUUUGCUGAUUCAUUGGGAAACAAAGAAGUGGCAUAUCCUGAGGCAUUGCCUUCUAAAAAAUCUGAAAAAACCUCUCCAAGAAAGAAACGGAAGAAGGAAAAGUUAUUACCUGAUGACUUGAAGGGUGAAGAUCCAAAGGAUGUCGUCACAGAUGGUGCUGAGGUGGAAUCUGAAGAUUGUCCUUUCAAGUCAUCUACAAGGAAGAGACAGAGGAAGAGAAAGUCCUUGGAGGAGACAAAAGUGGUCAACAAGGAAGGUGAUAUGAACAUUGAGGUAUCUAAGCCAAUGGAGUCAUGUGGGACGGAUAUUGUGUUGGAAAAAGUUCCUGCCAAGACACCUAAAAAAUAUGUAGCUCCUCACUUAAGAUCACGUGCAGGGAAUGAGCUUGAAGAGCAUGGUCAGAUCCGUCGACAAUUACGUGGUCUUCUAAAUAGGCUCUCGGAAUCUAAUGUGGAAUCUAUUACAGGGGACGUGUCAGUUCUCAUGCGUUCCAUUCCUCGUGGUAUUGCCUCUCAGAUAUUUGGUGAGGAGGUAUUAGCCUCAUGUGUUCAUGGUCCUCGUGGAAAUGAACAGCAUGCUGCUGUUUUUGCUGCUUUUGUGGCUGGCAUGGCCAGUUCAGUGGGAAUCGACUUUGGUGCGAAGCUUUUGGCUUUACUUGCUAAAACUUUUGAGGAUGAAUACCACAAAGAGGACAAUAUUUCCUUGAGAAAUCUUACUCUUUUACUCUCUCAAUUAUGCAUAUUUGGAGUUUGUUCAAGUGAUUUGAUAUACGACUUUCUGAUUGUUUUGAGCAAGCGGUUAACAGAGAUUGAUGUCUCCACCAUCUUGACAGUUUUGCAAUGCUGUGGAAUGAAAAUAAGGGCUGAUGAUCCUCUUGCAAUGAAAAAUUUUAUUGCAAGUGUUCAGAAUAGAGUGAAUGAGUUAAAAGUCUCAUGUGGAGAUGACCAGGAGAAGAUCAAUGGCAAAAGGAUGGAGUUCAUGCUUGAAACCAUAUGUGACAUCAAGAACAACAAGAAAAGGCCUAAAGAAGAUACUGCACCUCAUACGAGGAUAAAGAAAUGGCUACAAAAGUUAUGUGUAGAAGACAUUUUAAUAAGAGGACUCAAUUGGAGCAAACUUCUUGAUCCUAAUAAGAAGGGCCAGUGGUGGUUAUCUGGGGAUAUUGCUUCAACAGUAGACAAUGUCGAAGAGGUAGCCAACACAAUAGACAAAGAGGUUCUUGAAGCCCAGAAACUUUUGCAGCUCGCUGCUGCACAGAGAAUGAACACAGAUGCUAGAAAGGCAAUUUUUUGUAUAAUUAUGAGUGGGGAGGAUUACAUUGAUGCAUUUGAAAAGCUUUUGAGAUUGGAUUUACAUGGAAAGCAGGACAGAGAGAUAAUGCGAGUUCUUGUGGAGUGCUGUCUGCAGGAGAAAGUGUUUAACAAGUAUUACACAAUUCUGGCUUCCAAAUUGUGUGAGCAUGACAAGAAUCACAAGUUCACAUUACAGUUUUGCCUUUGGGACCACUUCAAACAGCUGGACUCAAUGCAGCUUAGUAGGUCAAUGCACCUAGCCAAAUUUGUUGCAGAGAUGAUAGCCUCUUUCACCCUCUCCCUCGCCGUACUGAAGACGGUAGAUCUAGCUGACAUCAAGCAACUAACUGCAAAACGGACAAUGCAUUUCCGGAUGUUAUUUGAGGCCAUCUUUGAGUAUCCAGACAGCCUGAUAUGGAAUAUAUUCACGCGUGUAGCCGUCACCCCGGAGCUUGAAAGUCUUCGACAUGGGAUUGAAUUUUUUAUCAAGUAUAUUGUGGAAACCAAUAAAUCCCUCGGUGAAAAGUUUAAGCUUGCAAGGAAAGCCCUGAAUAAUGCUGAAGGGGUUCUCAUGUGAGGCCAUUUUUGACACUCUUUGCUCCAUCAACUAUUGUGGUUCAUGUUUUGUAGGACUACUUACCAACCUACAAGAUGGGGUGCACUUAACUUUUUCCUGUUCCAUUCAAGUAGUCUUAUAUAUGAAUGAGCAAAUCAGAUAAAGAAGAAUAUAUCAUUGUUUUAUUUUUUCUUUUUUCUUUUUUUGACACAGGAAUAUAUCAUUGUUUAUGUACACUUGGCCUAUUCUAUUGCUUGUUUUAACAGUGAAGUAUGGGAUAAACUAUAAA